AUGUGGUAUCUGGCCCUUGUUAUGAUGCUGGUUACACUCAUUGUGUUGGCUUGCUGUCCAGAUGUACGACGUCAGUUUCCUGUCAACUUCAUUGUUCUUGUUGCAUUUACACUCUGUGAAGGAUUCCUGUUGGGAGCAAUUUCCAGCAACUAUGAACAAGAUGCUGUAAUUAUUGCUGUUGGUAUAACUGCGGUUGUGGCAGCAUCAUUGACGCUGUUUGCAUUUCAAACGAAAUGGGAUUUCACUGCCUGGGGAGGAAUGCUUUUUGUCUUUGUCAUUGUUUUGUUUUGCUUUGGGAUCCUUUGUGCCAUCAUUCAAAACAAAUAUGCUACUUUGGCUUAUUCUGCAUUGGGAGCUUUACUCUUUAGUGCUUAUUUGGUAUUUGACACACAGCUUAUGAUUGGAGGCAGACAUAAAUAUUCACUAUCACCAGAAGAAUACAUCUUUGCUGCUCUCAACCUUUAUUUGGACAUUGUUCAACUCUUCAUGUUCAUACUGACUAUUGUUGGGCAUGCCCAAGGUGAUUAA